AUGCUGGAGUCGAAUCACGCCCUCGUCGUCAAGGCACUUCAAAGGCUUUACAAGCUCUGUGCUAGCAAGGAAGGAUUUCCAGGCGAGCCUCUCGUUGAGACGCCCGACGGAUACCCUCUCACGCAUGCGAUCCUCGACCGCUUGGGACUGAUUAAGCAGGCCGAGGAUUCAGCCCAAGCAGCCGCGAGCGAAGAGACCGAAGACCUCCACUACCCACGCGUGCUAUCAAGCUCAACCGAUUGCAGCGCAACCACAGAACCAUCACCAGAGCCCGUCACGCCCCCUGAUCCUAUACCAACCAGCCUGACCAGCCCCGUUCAACUAUCUCCAGCCGAGCAUGCCCCCAUCAAGUGGGAGUUCCAGCCUCUCCAAACUAUCCAGCCUGAGCCCUACCACGGCUACCCACAAGCCGAUUUUCGCGGAACAAUGCCACCCACGGUUAUGGAAAUACCGGCUCUUAUAAGUGAGCCCAAGUGUGCCACCACAAUACCCUCGCCUGUCCCUCCACUCGCGCAUCCAUAUCUCUACUGCUGCACCCCGGAACCGACUGGCAACCGCCUCCAGCCUAUAGUGACCACAGGCCCAUCUGUCCUGCCUUCGGUCCUACCCGCCGUGACGGGAGUGACAGCAGCUGGUCUGCCCGUCGGCCUCGUCGAGAACUACAAUCUCCAUAUCCCCGACCACCAACCCAUCUAUCAGCCCCCCCUUCAACCAGCGUGGGCAUACUCUUGUGAAUAA